CUGGCGACAUCGUUGCCUUCGUGCCGUGUGCAGACGAAGACUCAAAGCGCUUGACAAAUUUUUCAGCGCGAUCAGUCGAAAAUCGUUGUUAAUCGAAGCUAAACUAAAAUUAAGGAUAUUUCUCUUGCGAACCUUAUUAUUACGAACGAAAAAUAAUAAACUUAAUAAGUAUAGUAAUUGUACUCGAGUAGAUCAUUUCGAUAGAGUUAACUAAACCGAUACACAGACAUAAUGCCUUCCUUCCAACCGAUCGAGGCCCCCAAGUGCCCGCGAUGCGGCAAGAGCGUCUACGCCGCCGAGGAGCGUCUGGCUGGCGGCUAUGCAUUCCACAAGGACUGCUUCAAGUGCGGAAUGUGCAACAAAUCGCUGGACUCCACGAACUGCACAGAGCACGAGCGUGAGCUGUACUGCAAGACUUGUCACGGUCGCAAGUUCGGACCCAAGGGUUACGGAUUCGGUACUGGAGCGGGCACUCUCUCCAUGGACAAUGGUUCACAGUUCCUGCGCGAGAACGGCGAUGGGCCAUCUGUGAGGAACGGAGCCCGUCUGGAACCCAGGGCCAUUGCUCGUGCCCCCGAAGGUGAGGGAUGUCCCCGUUGCGGAGGCUAUGUGUAUGCCGCCGAACAGAUGCUGGCCCGUGGGCGCAGCUGGCACAAGGAGUGCUUCAAGUGCGGCACCUGCAAGAAGGGUCUGGACUCGAUCCUGUGCUGCGAGGCUCCGGACAAGAACAUCUACUGCAAGGGCUGCUAUGCCAAGAAGUUUGGACCCAAGGGCUAUGGUUAUGGCCAGGGCGGUGGUGCCCUGCAGUCCGAUUGCUAUGCUCACGACGACGGAGCACCCCAAAUCCGUGCCGCCAUCGAUGUGGACAAGAUCCAAGCCCGUCCGGGUGAGGGUUGCCCCCGAUGCGGUGGCAUGGUCUACGCUGCCGAGCAGAAACUCUCCAAGGGCCGGGAGUGGCACAAGAAGUGCUUCAACUGCAAGGACUGCCACAAGACGCUGGACUCGAUCAAUGCCAGCGAUGGUCCCGAUCGUGAUGUCUACUGCCGCACCUGCUACGGCAAGAAGUGGGGACCCCACGGCUAUGGAUUCGCAUGCGGCUCAGGCUUCUUGCAGACGGAUGGCCUGACCGAGGAUCAGAUCAGCGCCAACAGGCCCUUCUACAACCCGGACACGACGUCGAUCAAGGCUCGUGAGGGCGAGGGAUGUCCCCGAUGCGGAGGAGCCGUGUUCGCCGCCGAGCAGCAGCUGUCCAAGGGCAAGGUGUGGCACAAGAAGUGCUACAACUGCACCGACUGCCACAGGCCAUUGGACUCGGUUCUGGCCUGCGAUGGACCCGAUGGCGACAUCCACUGCCGUGCCUGCUACGGCAAGCUCUUCGGACCCAAGGGCUUCGGUUACGGCCAUGCCCCCACCCUGGUGUCCACCAGUGGCGAAAGCACCAUCCAGUUCCCAGAUGGCCGUCCUCUGGCCGGAGCGAAGACCUCAGGCGGAUGCCCGCGAUGCGGUUACGCCGUGUUCGCCGCCGAGCAGAUGAUCAGCAAGACCAGGAUCUGGCACAAGAGGUGCUUCUACUGCUCGGACUGCCGCAAAUCGCUGGACUCGACGAAUCUGAACGAUGGUCCCGACGGCGACAUCUACUGCCGAGCCUGCUACGGCCGCAACUUUGGACCCAAGGGCGUGGGCUACGGUCUGGGCGCGGGCGCUUUGACAACGUUCUAAACGAGUUUAUGUUUACCUUAUCGAAACCCACAUCCAUGUCUGUGAACCGUUCCGAUACAUUUGUCUAAUGACCUGUCUGUUUUAACUAACUAUCCCUGAAAUUAGCUAACUUAGUCUUCGUUUUGCUUCCAACGAUUUUUGAUCAACGAUGCAGUGAAUGCAAACCAUAUUUCUUUAGGUUAUGUGAGAAUAAGCUUAAUAUGAAAACAAGAAAAAGAAUAAAUGAAAAAAAAAACUUGAAAACUUAAAACUGAAACCAAAAAGAACUUACGACUCAAAGCGAAACUAACCAUCGAAAACUGACUAACGAACUAAGCGACAUUAACCACAGCGAGAAAGGCUAAACUUUCUGCAGGUACAGUCACCGCACAAACGAAGGAAGCGACUACUGCGAGCCAAAGUCGCUAUUACUCUUUUGUAUUUUUAACUAUUUUCGAUGACCAGCCAAGUAUGUCUUAUAUGCUCCAAACCGAAAUACCCAAAAAGCAUACCUUGUGCAAAUUGACAAAUUUUAUAUACUUUUACGACGAACAAUGAUGAAAGAUAUGAUGUUGUAUAUUUAGCUGAUUUAGCUCAUACGUUAUACUUAUGAAAUCUGAUUAUUUAUAAUGAUGUUUGAAUGAUUUCUCACCCAUCUAAUCUCUUGCAUUCUGAUUCCUAUGCGAGCCAUGGCAGAUAUAAAAUAUUUAUAUAUAUCAGCAUACAUAUUCUGCAUACACACACACAUAACAUCCAAUAAUAUAUGCCCCAGUGGGUUCCAUGAAAACAAAA